AUGAAUUAAUUUAAUCAGAAUAUAUUAUUUGCUUUUUGGCAAUCCACUCCAAUAGUAAAUAAACUUCUUAUAAUAUUUGCUGGAAUAUUUUGGAUUAUUGAACUUUUUAUUGGUGAUUAGCUCAAAUUUUAGCCAAUUUCAUUGUAAUAUGUUUGUAUUUGGCAAUUGAUAACAUCAGCAUUUGUUUAAGGGUCUCUUGUGUCAAUCAUCUUUAAUUUAUGUUGUUUGCCUGAUCUCAACAAUACAGAAAGAAGAUUGGGGAGUAUUUUGUAUUUAUUAGAAUUUAUAAUCAAAAACAGUAUUGGAAUGGCAUGUAUCUUUUUAAUAGUCAGAUUAUAUUGUUUAUUUGAUUAUGAUGAAGAGAUGAUGCAUUCCAAUCAUUUUGGUUUUUGGAAUGUCGCGGUUUAUUUUAUUACAACCAAAGCACUUCACAAACCUAAUGAGGAAACAGAGUUUUUAUUUUUCCCAUUAGUAUUGAAAUCCAGAUAUUAUUUAAUCUCCUUGCUAUUGUUUUUAUAAAUAUUUAAACAAACUCGGUGUUCGGUGUUAGUUUUUGCUUUCAUUGCUUUUCUAGAGUUUAUAAUAUAUAAAGGACCCAUGUUUAGAUUGCCUAAACGUUUUAUUGAAUCAAUAGAGAAGAAAGCUUUUCUAUAAAAAUACAUUUCAAGAUAAGAUUUCAUUCCUAUUGAUCAAGCAUAUGACUUAGUAUUUUCAGGAACACAGAAGAUUGAAUUUCAAAUAGAAAAUUUGAAUAAAGAUUUGGAGCUAUCUCCUACUGGUUAGAUGAGUAAUUCUCAAGAAAAAGUUCAAACUGAAGAUGACAGUAUGCAAAUAAAAUGA